AAAAAAACAGGUUACACAGGUUACAUAAAUGAAAGUACACCAAACUGAAAUCAUAGACUUUGGGACAAAGGGCCUUUAUUUUAGCGUCUUCGUAUUGAGAAAACAUAAACAAAAUGAGGAUUAUGUUUUUGUGUGUGACUCUCCUGAUUCUCUACAGCGUUAUGGAAUCGCAAUCAGAGCGAUUACAGGUGGUUGGUCCAGAAGCUUCUCUUGUUGCUGUAGCUGGUAAAGAUCUGGUUCUGCCCUGUUAUAUCAAACCCAGCACUAGCGCUGUGAACAUGACAGUGCAAUGGCUCAGACUAGAAGCAGAAGACUUGUUAGUGCAUCUCUAUAAUGAUCAUAAAGACAGAAAUGAAGAUCAGGCUCAGUCCUACAGAAGACGAACAUCAUUGUUUAAAGAGGAGCUACAGAAAGGCAACGCUUCACUCAAACUCUCAACUCUGCGAGUCUCUGAUGAAGGAGAAUAUAAGUGUUUCAUUGAGGACAAAUCCUGGUCUGAUGACAUCACUAUUUAUGUCAUUGUCAAUGCUCAGGGAAGCCACCCGGUGAUCAUGAUGGAGAGUUAUGAUAACUCAGGAGGGAUUAAUCUAGUGUGUGAGUCCAGAGGCUGGAAACCUGAACCUGAUGUUCUGUGGCUGGACAGAGAAGGAGCCACUCUGCCUGCUGAAGCUACACAGAUACACAGAGACACUGAGGGCUUCAGUGUGAAACGCCGCAUCACUGUUUAUGAUUAUAGCAACUCCAACAGGUUUUACUGCAGAUUUCUACAAAAACAUCACAUGAAGGAAGCAGAGUUUGUCAUUAAUAGUAAAGUCUUUGAUGCUUGGAAGUGGAUUGUCGGCAUUUCAGUUUCAGCAUUUCUUAUUGCUGUUGGAUGGAUAGUAACUGCAGUUAUUUUACACAAGAAAGAGGAGCAGAGACAGAAGGUGGAACAUGUGUUAGCAGAGAAGAAGUUGUUUGCAGAGCGGCAGAGACGGAGCAUGGAAGCUGAUUUAGCAGAGAUGAAGAAGUUUGCAGUGGAUGUGACUCUGGAUCCUGAUACAGCUCAUCCUCUACUCAUCCUGUCUGCUGAUGGAAAACAAGUGACAUGUGGAGACACAGAACAGGAUCUCCCUGAUACACCACAGAGGUUUACUUCUUAUCCCUGUGUUGUGGGAAAGCAGAGUUUCUCCUCAGGGAGAUUUUAUUAUGAGGUGCAGGUCAGAGGGAAAACUGACUGGACAUUAGGAGUCGUAAGAGAGAACAUUAACAGGAAGCAGUGGAUUCCAUGGAAACCUCAGAAUGGAUUCUGGACUGUGGCUCUGAGGAAUGAGAAUCAGUAUAAGGCUUGUGCUGGUCCCUCUGUCCCCCUCACACUGAGAGAGAAGGUGGAGAAGGUGGGGGUGUUUGUGGAUUAUGAGGAGGGUCUGGUCUCCUUUUAUGAUGUGAAGUCCAGCUCUCAUAUCUACUCUUUCACUGCUCAGUCUUUCACUGAGAAACUCUAUCCAUUCUUCAGUCCUCGGUACAAUGAUGGAGGUAUAAAUUCAGCACCACUGAUCAUCUCUCCUGUAUUUAACACUGAAUGAAUUUUCACCUCACAGAUUUAAUUAUCUAUUAAAUGGUGAGAAUAAAAAGAAAUAUUUUACUUUUUUGGUGAAUUUUAGAAAUACAUAUUCCCUUUUAAAGUGCUGUACAGUUUAUUUGAAUACCUGGGGUUUGUUUUUUUUAUUUUAAUCCUACAGUCUGUUUUUUACACAUUAUGAUUGUGGAACUUUGUCAUUACAAAUCAAAUAUUAAUAAAGAUCAUUUACAGUUCACACUGAGUUUUACUGCAGAAUUGAAUCUGAUCAAUAAAAUGGAUUAAGUUCAGCUGCUGAUGUCUGUGUAGAUACAACCGAACAAAACUGUUUCUCCUUCAGACUCCAUCAAACACAAAUACAAUCAAAUUCAGCUUUUAUUUAGAAAUAAAAAUGUCAGGGUUUAUUCUGUUCUUUAAAAAAAAGGAAAAAAAUCCUUUAUCUGCGCUAAAUUCAGACUUUUGUUCGGUACAAAGGUGAAAAGUGGUUCAUAUCCUAACUGAGAGCAAAUUACUUAAACGUAGGAUGGCAGAGGGAGCCUCAUUAAUAUUCAUGAGAAGCGCUACCUGAUUGGUCAGUGACACGUUUCGGCUCUGACGUUUCAUGUUGCUGCACGCGACCGUUUUGUGGCUGCUGUGAAAAGUCAUGGUGAGGAGAUUACACUGACUAGUGCAAGAACCAGGAUUAACCACCCGGAAAUACACCUUUUAUUUUAUUUUCUGUUUGAAAAGCCAGCUAGCUCUGCAGUAAAGUGACAUUUUCCUUCUGCUUUCCUCAAUAUUUCAGUCCCGCUGUGGUUUUAUGGAGUAGGUUUGCCACACUGAAAUGAAAAGGAGAAUGUCAUUAUGUGAUAAAGGGGUAAAUGCUGAGUGGGACAGUAAGUCACUGCCACUUUCAUCUGUUUUGUAGUGAAGUGAUAUCGAGCUCAGGAGCACAUCAGGAAAGAAAACUUUCUCAUCGAGCAAGCCUUAUUUCUACAUCUAUGAGGUCUGAAUGUUUCUACUUUUCACUUCCUUUCGUUAUGAUAUUUAUUUUCCCGCGGUUGCCAUGGUGAUUAAACCCGUUGUGCAGCAUGAAACGUCAGAGCCGGUGUUCCAGUGAUUCAGGUCCCCUGUUUCUCCGUCAGUGCGCAUGCGCGAAAUCAGGACGUUUUCUCCUGUCGCUACGUUGAGUAGCUUGUGUGUGCUGAGAGUGUGUUAGUGUUAUUAUUUUGUGUUCAGCAGGUAAUAAGGUAAAUUUCAGGUAGCUUGUAAAAUAAUUUGUAUUAAAAUAUAAGCUUUAAAGUAGAGAAUGUUUAUUUGUCAGAGUACAGACACAGUAAGUAGGUAGUGUGUGUUAUUAUUUUAGGUUCUCAGCUACACACUAGGCUUUACUCUGAGAAUAAGUGCACCUAGAAAAGUGGUUUCUCUCUAGUGUGUUGCAUUACAUUUAUAACCUACUGUUGUGUUACUAAUGUUUCUGCUUCACACUUUCAUUCAGCAAGUUUCAUCCGUACUUCAUUCUUUCUUUGGAAAUGAGGUUUUCCCUCCAUAUAUUACAGUAUAUUACACCUGAAACGGCUUUGAACUACAACAGUGAUGAAGAUAAUCCAUCUCUCUGUCUCCUCUCAUCUCUACAAGCUUCAUCCACAUGAUUUUAUUUCUAUAAGAGUCAAUAAUAAUGUUAAUGUGUACAGAUAUUGCUGUUUUGUUCUGAAAGUUUGAGAUUCACAUCCGUUCAGACUAAACACACUUGACGAGAUUUAUUAUUUAUAACUGUAUUUCUGUAUUUUCUCUAUUUAAAAAGGUGACAGGCUGCACUUUCAGGAUUUCUUUUUUUUUAAAUAAACAUAAAACACCACAGCAAAACCUACCACAGACCGUUUCUUGGACAAAGGACCUAGAAUCUUUUUUUUUUUUUCAAAUGGUUAUACAUCAUGGUAAAAAGAAAACACUCUCCUUCAGUUUUAUGUUUUUAUUUAUCAGGGCCUAAUUAACAGUUGUGUUGUCCUCACUUCUAUAAACAAACAAAUAACCUCACGUGACAAAAAACCCACAAUGGAUUUACAUUUUAGAACAAAAGACACUGAGUUAAAGUAAGCUUUAUCAGUGACACUCAGGUUUUUCACUUCCUUCCUGUUUUUCUCUCUUUUGUAUCCUAUGGCUUAAUUAAAAUCACACAAACACACAUAUAAAUUGUGUUCUAAAAUUAUUUAUGAAUAGAUUAAGUAAUUAUUUCUUGCAGUUGCAGCAUAACACGAUUUUAAAAAAUAAACCUCAGUAUCAGUCUCAGUCUGUGAUUAUAUGAUCACAGUACACUAAAUAAAAAUCUCUGCAUCCUACGUAAUAAAGUACCAUUCUAUAUUUCCUAGUCAACCUUAUUCCCCUGACUAUUAAGAUCAUCAUAAUAACACUUUAAUGCACAUAAAAAUCCAUCAGUGCAUUAUUCAGCCACAGUUGUGGGGUGUUUCAUGCAUCCCUUCAUGCUUCCAUUAUAUCUCUUCACUUUUCCUCUCUCCACUUAUUGUAUUUUAAGGUUGUCCUAAUUAACCUGAACCAUGUUUGGUAAUUUGUGACAUCUUGUAAAUGAUUAAAUUAUAAACAUGUGUACAUUUUAUACUCACCUUAUGCUUAUGUCUUUAUACUAACCUUAUGCUAACCUUAUGUUUAUUUUGUUCCUGUAGUUUAACAUGUUUAACUUCUUGUUUGAUGCCGUCCACACCCCCUUAUAUGAUGUCUAAUGAAUUAACUCACAUUAUUUCAAUCAAGCAGUUUCACUGCAAGGGUUCAGUAACAUAAGUUUUGCUUUCACUCAUCAGGCCAGAAAAUAAAUGCAGGUAAGUUUAACUGUCCCUAUAUCGAUCAGUAUUUUCAACUUGGCUGCCAUUAAAUAACUAUUUUCUUACCAUCAGUUAACUAUAUUUAUUAGAGAGGCCACUGCAAACUGCACUGAACUUUGAGUGUUUGGCCAAAAGUGAAAAAGGGCAAAUAGUUUGACAAAAAAAAGAUUAAAUAGACCUAAAACAAAAUGCAAGA